AUGUCGGCCGGCCCUAAGGCCGGGAGCUGCAGGCUCCGGCAGAUGUGGGAAAUCUCUGCUCACUCUCUUUUGUAGGUUUUCUCCAAAAUCUUCAGCCAUGAGGCACUGGAGAGCUAUCUCCCCAAGAUCCAGCUGGUGAUCAAAGACACCCUUCGGGCCUGGAGCAGCAACCCCGAGUCCAUCAACGUCUACCACGAGACCCAGAAGCUUACCUUCCGCAUGGCCAUCCGUGUCCUGCUGGGCUUCCGCAUCCCCGAUGAGGAGCUCAACCGCCUCUUCGAGGUCUACCAGCAGUUUGUGGAGAAUGUCUUCUCCUUGCCCAUGGAUCUGCCCUUCAGCGGCUACAGGAGGGGCAUCCGGGCACGCGAAACACUGCAGAAAGGGCUGGAGAAAGCCAUUCAGGAGAAACUGCAGAACACACAGGGCAAGGACUACGCCGAUGCGCUGGACAUCCUGAUAGAGAGCGGCAAAGAGCAUGGCAAGGAGCUCACCAUGCAGGAGCUGAAGGAUGGCACGCUGGAGCUCAUCUUUGCCGCCUAUGCCACCACUGCCAGUGCCAGCACCUCUCUGAUCAUGCAGCUCCUCAAACAUCCCCGGGUCCUGGAGAAGCUGCGGGAGGAGCUGCGCAGCAAGGGCAUCCUCCACAACGGCUGCAUCUGCGAGGGCUCCCUCCGGCUCGACAACAUCAGCAGCCUCCAUUACCUGGACUGCGUCAUCAAGGAGGUGCUUCGCCUCUUCACCCCCAUCUCCGGGGGGUACCGGACGGUGCUGCAAACCUUCGAGCUGGAUGGUUUCCAAAUCCCCAAAGGCUGGAGCGUCAUGUACAGCAUCCGGGACACCCACGACACUGCUCCCGUCUUCAAGGACGUGGAUGUCUUCGACCCUGACCGCUUUGGGCAGGGUCGAAACGAAGACAAGGAUGGCAGGUUCCACUACCUCCCCUUCGGAGGAGGCGUACGGACCUGUCUGGGCAAGCACCUGGCCAAGCUCUUCCUCAAGGCGCUGGCCAUCGAGCUGGCCAGCACCACCCGCUUUGAGCUCGCCACCAGGACUUUUCCCAAAAUCACCCUGGUGCCUGUGGUCCACCCGGUCGACGGACUCAAGGUCAAAUUUUUCGGACUGGAUUCCAACCAGAACGAGAUCCUGACGGGGACAGAUGCCAUGCUGGGGGCGACGGUGUAA